ACAGCACCGGGGGACUACAGCGGCGUCAGCCACAGCGCUGCGGGCUUCACCAUUACCCCCCGCUACAUCAACGUUUAUAUUCCUGAUCAACCUACAUCUGCCACAGCAAGUCGCACCAUCUUCAUCCCAGCUGUUCUACAGGUUUUAACACCUACAGUCCCAGUGAGGCUGGGGUUUCCCAAACAGAGGAGGUUUAGUUGGGGGGAGUUUCUCCCACUCUCAUUCCCUUUCCCUGCACCAGCUCAGCAUGCCCCAGCCCCUGAGCACAUCCACAGCUCUCCCAGCUCCACUACCAUGUGUAGAUGGACAGUGACACAAGGUGCACCGGCCGCCUGGUUCUCCUCCUGCCCCUGCCGUAGACCUCCUUCACACCUCUCCCUCACCUUGCUGCUCCUGCUUCUCCUGCUCGGACCGUCCUCAUCCUCCCCGCUGUCCGCUUCGUCCGAACACGGCCGCAAUGCACCAGCAGGGACUUCUCCUCACUUCCUCAUCUCAUACCCACCACCCUCCUCAUCACCCACACCGCUUCACGCAUCCUCUGCAAGGUUGCCAAGGGCGACCAAUGUGUCAUCGUCGUCUGCGACGGUCGUUGGCCGGCACGUGCGAAGCAGCUACAAGCAUCUACAAGGGGACGUGCGCUGGCGGAAACUGUUCUCCUCCCAGAAAUUCUACCUUCGCAUUGGCGAGGAGGGAAAGGUUAACGGCACCGGAAACAAGGACGAUCCAUACAGUGUUUUGGAGAUCAAAUCAGUGGAUGUGGGUGUGGUGGCCAUCAAGGGCCUCAAAAGUAACCACUACCUGGCAAUCAAGAAGAAUGGCGUUCUGUAUGGAGCGAGAGAGUACGGCCCAGACUGCCGUCUAAUUGAACGCAUCGAGGAAAACAAGUAUAACACCUACGCUUCAGCUCAGUGGCUCAACAAGGACAAGCGCAUGUUUGUUGCACUGAACCCCAAGGGAAAGCCAAUGAAAGGAAGGAAGACACGAAGGAAAAACCCAGCCACUCACUUCCUGCCUAUUUUGUCAGAACAGCGAUGACUGGACAAAUCAGCAAAGGGAGAGCUCUGCAGAUUAAAGGCUAUUGGACGUUUUUUGGAGUUGAAGUGAUGGCUUCAUUGGACAGAUUCAAGUCUGAACAGUAUGAUGCACUGAGGAGGAAAAGAAAGGAAACAAACAGACAUUUUAUCACAGUUGGAUAAAGACAUUUCUAUUUUUAAAGAAAGAAAUAAGAUAUAUCGCUAUACAAUGUACAUAUUAUUUUCUGUUUUAAGUUAUAAAGUACACUGGCACGGUAAAAUUAUGAAAAGAAAUGACUUCUGUGCCAAAAUGUGAAACGGUAACUCACAUUUUUAGAUUUGUGUACGUGUGAAGUCAGUGACUGGGGAAGAAAUGGCAAAAGAGAAAACAUGGAGGAAAACAGGGGAAGGCAGAGGAAGUAUUAGCAGAAAGCUGACUGAUAGAAGAAGAAGAAAAGAUGAGAUGGGUGGAGGAAAAUGAAAAAAAGGUUGUGUUGUGUUUAGUCAAGUACCAACACAGCAGCAAGUCUAAAACUAUCAUGUUUCUUCUUUGAAUUUAUUUAUUUUGUGUAAUAUUUAACAAAAAAACCCUACAAAAAUACAAAAAAGAAAGUCUUUUUUUUUUUUUUUUACCAUGUAUGCUUCUCUUUGAAUACUAUACAUUUAAAC